AAUGCUGAACGUUAAGCAGGUAAUAAUUUUUCAGGACUUGGGUAUGUCCCGACCUGGAGACAAAACCUAUUGCCUUCCUCAUCUGGGCGAACGCUUAACAUACUUUACGAUCUUACUGACUGGGAACACAUGUUUUAAGUUUCGGUUGUACUUUAAAAAGUUUGACAGCGUUGCUGUGCGAAAAAUAGGUUUAAAAGCUGUAUGUAGUAGUUUGAUAUUUGUUUGUUCAACAGAUUAAGCAAGGCUUACAAAUAGUGAGUUAUACACAUGGCUUUAUAUACAUGAAUCACGUGAGCAAGCUGAAGAUUAAGGUUGAUGCUCUGUGAAGAGAUGCCUUGAUUAACGAACUUCGACUAAAUUCUUUUAUUAGCUCUCAUGAAUGUUAACCAUGGGCCAUGCGUGUAAAUGUGUUAGUAAUGGUGUAUAUCUUUAUUAUGAGGCUCUGUGAAGCAGUCAACAGUCGGAAUUCGGGAUGGAAUGAUCUAAUUGAAGUGAUCAUAGAUUUUAAGGGAAAAGGUGAUAUGUGCUCCACGGACAAAUGGUGGAAGAAGUGUUAAGUCUGCCAUUGUUAUUCUUCAGAUUGAAUGCAAUGGCAUAUGUCGUGUUACCAAUUUCCGGACUUUAAUUGGUUCCGUUAUCAGAAUCUCCCUCUACGUCUCCAGAACGCUUGUACGUAAAAGAAACGGCAACCCACGCUAUUAGAAACCAGAACAAUAUCCUCAGAACUAUUAUGAUUUGUCACCAAGGGCCUAUAGGGUAGGUUAUUUGUCAUGUAAAGGUUAUAUUUGCUGAUGUGUCAUGCUAUUCUAUGGUGAAUUUAUCGAAAUGCCAGCUAUGUAAGCAGUGAAAUGUAACGUAUAAAUUCUAGUUUCGUUUUACACUAAUUUUAGAGCUUCCGGAAUUAUAUUGCCUGAAUGUAACGAUAGUUUCUGUAAUCUUUCAGUUUUUACUCUGUUCUCAUCUAACAUGGAAUUUGGGCAGCGUCUACUGUGAUUGAUUCUGUGAAAUAAAGAACAAUAAAGAACUUUUGUACCCAGAUGUUAUUUUGAUUGCUGAGUCUUCAGUACAGCAUAUAUGAUGUGAACGCUGAUCUGCUGUAGCAAGAAUUCCCUGCAGAUAGGGCGUAAGGAUUGUACUGCUUCCCCAUUGCAUGAUCGGUCGUCCAGCUGGCACCCAGAUCCGGUGUAACAUUUUGGGGGCUCGUCCGGGAUCCGAGGUGCAGUGGUUGGUUGACAAGAAGGAGAAACUAGCCAAGGAGGAUGUGGUGGAUAACCUGGAUUGGGUUGGAGCGGUCAAAAUGGUUAACCAAUGGUUGGAUACUGCCCUAACGACGGAAGAAGGUGGCACGACAGAAAUACUGCUGUUGGGCGACGCCUUACCCCAUUUCUUCGAAGUUAAGAAAGAGGCCAACAUCAAGAAGGAGGUCAACGUUGAGAUGGAGGACCAAACUGGUGAGAAAGCAACAGAGACAGUUAAGAAAGAAGAGGAUGCCUACACUUAAACUGGGUUGAUAAGGCGAGACUUUAAAAUUGUUUGCCAGUUGACAAACGACAAGGGGUCAAGUCUGACCGUUGUAAGUUUGAUACGGCAGCUUGAAUCUGGAUCCCGCAAGGGAUAUAAGGAUUUUGAACUGGUGUAAGUUGGGAAAGGCUAUUGAUCCCAGCAUGUCCCUUAGAGGCUAUCUUGAGGGCCGAACAGACUUGACAUUCGUGAAGCUGAGGCGUAUUUUGCGGUCUCAUUUCCAAGAGAAGACCUCAUCUGCU